GAAACAGAGUUUUUGAUCUUUCUCUGCACACAAGAAUGGGGGAAGAAGAAGAGAGCCCUAACUCUAUGUCCAUACUUCCCGAGCUACUGGAAGAAAUAUUCAUACGACUACCGUUGAAAUCAAUCCUCAAAUUCAGAACCGUAUCAAAACAAUGUAAAUCACUCCUGGAGUCGAGGAGGUUCUCAGAGAAACGUAUGAGUCUUCAAAAGAAUAGGAGAAUCCUAGCCGCUUACAAUUGCGACUGCGGCGACCGUCCGCGUCUCCUCCCUGAGUCACGUUUCGAAGGAGACGAAGAAAUCGUGUAUCUUCACUGCCACGCCUCACGACCCUCGUUGAGCUGCGACGGUUUGCUCUGCUUCCCAGAACAGGAUUGGAUCAUCGUUUUGAACCCUUCGACCAGACAGCUCCGGAGAUUCUCUUCCGGCUUGAACCAUAAGUACAGAUUUGGAUUUGGAUUAUGGUCGAGCUUCUUGCCGGGAAACUGGGCGAUGGGGUUCGGUAGAGACAAGGUUACGGGAAGCUUUAAAGUAGUGAGGUUGUGUUUUUCUUAUUGGGAAAUUGGGAAAGAGGAACCUGUGGUGGAAUGUGGUGUUCUUGAUGUUCAAACUGGUGUAUGGAGUAAACUGAGUCCACCUCGUGACGUGGUCAAUCCAGGAAGCAAAUCUGUCUGUGUGAAUGGAUCCAUCUACUGGUUACACAUUGAUGGGAAAUGCAAAUUAAUUUCAUUGGAUCUUCAUAAACAAGAGUUCAACAGAAUCCCAUUUCCGGCUACUGCCCGGGCCACGAAGGAAACGCUGAUAGUGAACCUUGAAGAGUGUCUAGCGUAUGUCAAUACGAGUAAAUGGCCUGAAUGGAGACUAGAUAUAUGGAGCAUGGAUAAUACAGAUCAAAAACGAUGGAGCAAGACUUUUUCCAUACGUUUAGAACUUAAAGUUGUUGCCUGGAGAAGGAAUAAAAGGUGGUUCACGCCAGUGUCGGUUUCUAAGAAAGGGCAUCUUGUCUUCUGCGACAAUCAGAAGAAGUUGUUUAAGUAUUAUCCAUGGACAAAUGAGAUUCGUUGUCUCUCCCUGGACACUUGUGUUAUAUCUCCAUACGUGGAGAAUUUGUUCUCACUUCCUUUGAAACCGAGCCAUCCGUAUCCUCAUGUAAGUGUGGAAACAAGGAUGUCUAGAUGCCGCUUGUUUUCCAAGGAGUCGAGUUCAUGGAUAUACAAAGCUUUGCAACGUAAUGAAUUUAGGAUCCUAGAGAUUGUGUUCACGUCUCUAGUAGUAGCUGGUUAUAUAUGCUCACCUCGAAAGUAGGAAUCACUCGUCUUAUGUCCAGCAACUACUAUUAUUAGUUUGAUGUUUAUUUUGCUUGCUUGUUUCUCCUCUCUUUUGAAUAACAUUUAAACCAAUGUAAGUGGAUUUAUAUUCUCUCUUCCCUUCUAUACAAGCACAUACGAUGUUUCAAA